CCUUUCCUGAUCGAAACGGAAGCGCUCCGAGAACGCAAUUGGUUCAAAGAGCUGUCAAUCACUGUGCGCACACAGCACCGGCCAAUCGAGAGGAGGCGGGCUGAAGUAAGAAAAUUAUAAGGUCAUUGGAAUUACCAGCGCUACAAGCCAUCGUUACAAUGAAGCGAUAACAGAUAAGACUGAAAAAAUGAAAUAAACAGGAGCAAAGUCUACCAAGGACGCCGCGGUUAUUAGGUAAAAGGCAGACGUGUGGCCGUUACACACCGGCGCGCGUGAAUCCGCGCAGGUAAACGGCGGAGGUUUCGCUUAAGCCGAUCAAGGUGGGAUCGUACGGGACAGGUUCCCCUUCUGCCAUAACACACAGGUUAUUGUGAACACGGACACCGAUACCGAGGAUGUUGCGGUUGGCGUGCUCCACAGCCCUUUUCUUCGUGCUCAGGUUGUUCGUCGGCCUGCCCUGGUUCCAGGUUCUGCCAUCCAUUUUCAUUUUCUUCCUGGGUUCUGGAGGAUGGAAGUCUUUACAUGUGUUUUCAAAGACCAUAUACCGUGAUUUGCAUGCAGCCAGUGUGUUGCUGAGGGUAAAACUGAAUGUCAAAAAGCACCUCCGAGAGCGCAACACCGUUCCCAAACUUUUUGCCAAGUCUGUCAAGAAAUACGGUGACAAGACGGCUCUGAUUUUUGAAGGAACGGACGAGAAAUGGAGCUUCAAGGAGCUUGACGACUACUCCAACCGCGUGGCUAACCUUCUGCUUCAGAGGGGCUUCACGGAGGGCGACGUGAUCGCUCUGUUCAUGGAGAACCGCUCUCAGUACGUGGGGCUCUGGCUGGGAAUGGCAAAGAUCGGAGUGGAGGCAGCUCUCAUCAACUUCAACCUGAGACUGGAGGCUCUGGUGCACUGUGUCAACAUCUCCAGCGCCAAAGCCGCUGAACAGUUCCUCAGCGAACACAAGCGCACAUUCCGGUAUUAUGAGCUGAGUGUCUGUUGA